AUGUGCCAUAAUCAUCCGCGCAAUCUGUCCCAGUGCUUUCGCCUUGUUCUCCUCUUGUUCUUCAUACGGGACAUUGUGAGGGCGCACGAGUUCUCGAUAGGGCCCUGCCAGUUCCAAUAUCUCGAGCCGUGCACAUCCAAAACGAUCGCGUUUUACAUCUUCUCCAGCGAGCACCCGCAAGAUGGCCCCGUACUGCUGGACGCUAUUGAUCCGCACGUGCCGGAACACAUUUCGCUUAACCAAACCAACAAGCUGAUCGUACACGGAUAUGGCGGUAGUAUCGAUUUCAACGCUACCAAAAUGAUCCGCAAAGCGUACUUGCGAAAACCGAACACGAACGUCUUCAUCGUCGAUUGGGGUAAACUGUCCCGGCUGCCGUGCUAUCCGACCGCCGCCUUCAACACCAAGCAGGCGGGCGAAUGUACGGCCACGUUCCUGAUCGGGUUGCAGGCGAACCAUCCGGAAUUUAGUACCCGCGAUCUGCACGCCAUCGGUUUCAGUCUCGGUGCGCACGUGCUGAGCUUCACCAGCAACGCGCUGGAGAAAUCGAUUGGCGUCAAGUUCCGCCGUAUCACAGGUCUCGAUCCGGCCUUACCGUUCUUUGCGACGGCCCGACCCCACUGGAAGCUGGACCAAAGCGAUGCCGACUUUGUCGAUGUGAUCCACACCAAUGCGGGCGUUUACGGGAAGAUCGAAGCGUGCGGCCAUGUCGAUUUCUACAUGAACGGAGGCCAAAAUCAACCGGGUUGUGAAAAAGAUUCAAGUGAGUAUCAACCCCUCUGCAGCCACAAAAUGUCGGCCGCCUACUUUGCGGAAUCGAUCAACAGCAAGCACGGGUUUUGGGCGACACGCUGCACCAGUUACUUUGCAUACUUUUUCGGCUUCUGUAAGUAUCGUGUCGAGCAGCAGCAGCAGCAGCAAUCGCUGAUUGCCGGUGAAGAUAGCAGCCGGCAGGAAGAGACGACGCAACCUGACGUGGCCCUCGGCGAAAACAACAAUGUGCACGAUACCAAUCGCAUACUGAUGGGCGAGUACUGUUCGAAUACUGUUGAGGGUGUAUACUUUGUGCCUACGAACCAAAAGUCUCCAUUUGCGAUGGGCUUCUAA